AUGCCGUCCCCCAUCCUCCCACUCUGCCUUCCCACCAGGCAUCGCUGUGGUGACCCUCAACCGCCCUGCGGCCCGCAACGCCAUGAGCAGACAGCUUCUGGCAGAUCUUAUACAGACCACCUUACUGCCACCUCCCUCCUGUUAUUCACACUGCCCCUCUUCCACACACCCCAACCCUCCUCCCCUCCACCCCUUGCCACCUUACAUUCCCGUCUCCCCCUUGCGUCUGUCCCUCCAGGCAUCGCUGUGGUGACCCUUAACCGCCCUGCGGCCCGCAACGCCAUCAGCAAACAGCUGCUGGCAGAUCUCUUGGAGGCCAUGGCGGAAGUAAGGGGAGAUGGGGGAGCUGGGGGGGUGGAGCGAGCAGGGAAAGCAGAGGGUGCAGUGGCAGGGACGCAGCAGGAGCAGACGGGGAAAGCAGCAGUGCGAGUUGUGAUAAUAAGGAGCGCAGUGGAUGGAGUGUUUUGCGCAGGGGCAGACCUCAAGGAGCGCAAGGGCAUGACACAGGAAGAGGCGGAAGCAUUUGUCAGCAGUCUCAGGGAAGCGUUCACUGACCUUGAGAACCUGCCUGUACCAACAGUGGCAGCAGUUGAGGGAGCAGCACUGGGCGGGGGACUGGAAAUGCUUCUAGCUUGUGACAUCAGAGUGGCAGGCUUCAAUGCCCGGUUUGGCCUGCCAGAGACAUCGCUUGCCAUCAUUCCCGGGGCGGGAGGCACACAGCGGCUACCACGCCUCGUCGGUGCAUCUCGAGCCAAGGAGCUCAUUUUCACGGCUCGGGUUGUGCGAGCUGACGAGGCACUCUCUCUCGGUAUUGUGAGCCACUGUGUGCCUGCGGGAACUGCACACGACACAGCCCUUGAAAUCGCAAGAACCAUCCAGCGCAAU